AUGGAAGGGAUUUUCUUUCAGUCCUUACAUGGGAUGCCAAUUGCGCGACUGAUCUCAUUGCUAAUAAUAGUUUUAGAGCUAGUGCUUGUAUUACCAAUUAGCACAUCAUCAACAACAGCAGCAGCACAUGAUCAUCAAGCGCUCCUGCCUCAGGCCUUGCUUGGCUGCUCUGACCGCUGUGGUAAUCUCACAAUUCCAUAUCCAUUUGGCAUGGCUCCAGGUUGCUACCGCGGCCCUGAGUUCUUCAUCAACUGUACUACUACUCACGACGACGAAAACCCGGUACCAUAUUUGACAAAGAGAUCAGGCAGUGCUUAUGAUCUCAUUCAGCUCCGCGUCACUAACAUCUCUCUUGAGGAGGGUGAUAUGCAUGUUUUGCAGCCUGUCACUCGAUCUUGCGGUGAAGAUCAGAAUGACACUGACGGUGUGCUCCUCCUGCCCCCUCCUUUCACCUUCUCUGAAGACAAAAACUAUUUAUUCGCCGUUGGAUGUGGCAUUAUUGCAGUAUUUCAAGGUUCCCGUCCAAGCCAAGGCCUAGAUGGAAACACGACCUUGCCCCAUAUAUAUCGCUAUUGCGUCACCUAUUGUGACGACAAUUCUGAUGGAAAUAACACUGACCCAGUAAUUAACGACGACUCUUGCUCUGGCUUUGCCUGUUCCCUAGCUCAACUCCCUGGUGGAGUGCAAAAUCUUACGGUGAUGUUGACUCCCAUUAGUAAUAUUAGUCGAACUCGACAUAGAAAAUGGUACGCUAAGUACCCGUGCAGGUACGUCUUUCUUGUGGAACAAAGCAAGUUCACAUUCUCCCCCGGAACAAGUUUUGAGCAACUCAACAACACAAGCCACCUUCCAGUGGUUGUCAAUUGGGAAAUUGGGGGUCAUGGGACAUGUGAUGCUGCUCGAAAGAGCAAGAAGGACUUUGCUUGCAAGGGAAAUAGCAAGUGUGUGGAUUGGCUUAAUGAUAACAUCCAUGGCUCUACAGGUUACAUUUGCAAGUGCAAGAAAGGUUACCAAGGGAACCCAUACCAUCCAGAUGGCUGCCAAGAUAUUGAUGAGUGCAAGUCAAAUCCCUGCCCUGUCGGAAAGUGCGUAAAUACACCUGGGAGUCACUCUUGUUUAUGUCCCAAUGGCACCAAAGAAAGAAGUUGCAAAGAGAAAUCAAAGACCCUUCUCAUGGUUAUGGGUAUCAGUCUAAUCUUGGUUUUACUUGUUGGAAGUUCAAGUUACAUAUGUUGGGGAAUGAAGCAACGAAAGUACAUCAGACUCAAGGAAAAGUACUUUCGAGAAAAUGGCGGUUUGUUGUUACAGCAACAGCUUGCUCAUCAUGGAGGUGAGGCAACCAGAAUCUUUACUGCAGUGGAACUUGAAAAGGCUACAAACAAUUACCAUGAUAGUAGAGUCCUUGGCAGAGGAGCUUAUGGAGUAGUUUACAAAGGAAUAUUACCAGAUAACAGAACCGUUGCCAUAAAAAAGUCGAAAGUUGCUGCCCCAACUCAGAGUGAGCAGUUUGCUAAUGAGUUGACUGUUCUUUCUCAAAUCAAUCAUAAAAAUGUGGUGAGGCUAUUAGGCUGUUGUUUAGAGGCAGAAGUGCCUUCACUAGUUUACGAGUUCAUCACCAAUGACACUCUUUUUGAGCACCUUCAUGGUAAACAAAAGAAAGGAUCAUCGUUUGUAUGGGAAUUACGUUUGAAGAUCGCAGCGGAAACUGCUGGAGCACUAGCAUACUUGCACUCCUCCACUUUCAUGCAAAUCAUACACAGAGAUGUGAAAGCUAUGAACAUACUAUUAGAUGAUAAUUAUACAGCAAAAGUGUCAGACUUUGGAGCUUCUGUAUUGAUUCCUCUAGAUCAAACUCAAAUAAAAACUUUGGUGCAAGGGACAUUCGGAUACUUAGACCCCGAAUAUCUUCAUUCAAACCAACUAACAGAAAAGAGCGAUGUUUAUAGCUUUGGAGUUGUCCUAGCAGAGCUACUGACAAGCAAAGUGGCAUUUUCUUAUGAUAGGCCCGAGGAAGAGAGAAGUCUAGCAAGACUUUUUGCUUGUGCAAUGGAAGAAGAGCGCUUAGAUCAUAUUCUUGAUGGUGACAUUGUCAAUGAAGGAAAUAUUGAGACAGUAAGAAAUGUGGCUCAUCUCGCGAAAAAGUGUUUAAUGUUAAAAGGGGAGGAAAGACCUACAAUGAAAGAAGUAGCUAUAGAGCUAGAGGGAAUUAUGAGAACUUUGGCAAACCACCAUCCACGGGGAAACAAUGUUCAAUUGCAUCCUGAAGACCAGACUUCGAAUUUUCUGGGGUCACCUUCAAAUGCUUCUGUUGCUGAAUUUAGAAGUGAUUGUGUUUCUAGUGAUCAUACUUUUUGUUGUCAAACGAAUUCGAAGUCGUAUUCAACCAUUUAA